GAGCGGGGACGACUCAUGAUGCUUGUUUCUCUGGUGUAACGUUUCAAGUGAUAUAGAAAGUCGGCUAAACCAGGCAAAUGGCAAGUUUAUAUUGUAUUUAAAUCCACACAGGAAACCAUGGAUACGAAGACUGUUUUCUCUCUACUCUACUUUGCCUUUUUAGCCGCAAAUAGAACUGUGGUUUCCGGGGCUCCUUCCUUCUCCAUAGACUACAAGAACAACUGCUUCCAGAAAGAUGGGAAGCCUUUCCAGUACGUCUCCGGCAGUAUCCACUACUCCCGCAUCCCUCACUACUACUGGAAAGACAGACUGCUCAAGAUGUACAUGGCUGGACUCAACGCUGUACAGAUUUAUGUUCCCUGGAACUUCCAUGAGGAAAAGCGGGGUGUUUACAACUUCACUGGGGAUCGAGACCUGGAGAACUUCCUGGAUCUGGCCAAUCAGACGGGCCUCCUGGUGAUCCUCCGCCCCGGACCCUACAUCUGUGCAGAGUGGGAGAUGGGUGGUUUACCAGCUUGGUUGCUCCAGAAACCAAACAUUGUACUUCGCUCAGCAGAUACAGACUACUUGGAGGCAGUGAGCUCCUGGAUGGCAGUGCUGCUCCCAAAGAUGAGGAGAUGGUUGUAUACAAACGGAGGGAACAUUAUCACUGUGCAGGUAGAAAAUGAGUAUGGGAGCUACUAUACGUGUGACUACAACUACAUGCGGCACCUGAGGACCCUGUUCCAGUUCUUCCUGGGGGACAAAACUGUUCUCUUCACGACCGACGGGAACACGGACCGGGAAAUGACCUGCGGGACCCUGGAGGGAAUGUACGCCACUAUAGACUUUGGGACAGACGUCAACAUAUCUCAAGCUUUUAGUCGGCAGAGGAGAUUUGAACCAAGAGGCCCUCUGGUGAACUCUGAGUUCUACACAGGGUGGCUGGACCACUGGGGGGACCAGCAUGCUCAGGUGGACACCCAGAAGGUCAGCAGGAUGCUGGGGGAGAUGCUCAGCAUGGGGGCCAGCGUCAACAUGUAUAUGUUUGAAGGAGGGACCAACUUCGGCUACUGGAAUGGAGCGGACCAUGGUAACAGGUUUAGGUCGGUAGUGACCAGUUAUGACUACAACGCCCCUCUGUCUGAGGCAGGAGACCCUACAGAGAAACUACUGGCCAUACGGGACACCAUCAGCAAGUUCAGAGACAUCCCUGUGGGUCCCAUGCCCCCAGCCUCUCCCAAGAUGGCCUAUGGCUUUGUGACUCUGACAAUGGUAGGGAACCUCAGCAGCCUGUUGGACACGCUGUCACCUCAGGGUCCUGUCCGCUCACUGUACCCUCUGUCUUUUGAAGAGAUGAAGCAGUACUAUGGCUUCAUGCUGUACCGGACCAAGCUGCCCAGGGACCUGCCAGAAGACACACCCCUAAUCUCUCCUCUGAAUGGGGUUCAUGACCGGGCAUAUGUCUCUGUCUGUGGGGUGUACCAGGGGCUGCUGGAGAGAGACACGACUCUGGUGAUGAACGUAACAGGGAAACAGGGGGACCAGAUUGAUGUUCUAGUAGAGAACAUGGGACGAGUCAACUUUGGCAGCAAGAUCAACGACUUCAAGGGCCUGUUGAGUAACCUGAUCCUUGGUAAAGAUGUGCUGACAGAUUGGCAGAUCUACCGUCUGGACAUUGAUGGAGCCAUCGCCUCCGGAUGGCCCCAGUCAGGCCAGACAGACAGACAUCACAGCUACCAGACAGACAGACAUCCCAACCCAGUCAGAGGGCCCUCAGAUGGGCCCGUCAUUUCACAGCUACAGGGCACCCUGCCUCCCAGACAGGACAUCACAGCUGGCCACAGACAGGACACCUUUCUCCGGCUCAAUGAAUGGACCAAGGGACAGGUGUGGAUCACGGGCUGAACUGGACAGGUACAGACAGACAGACAGACAUCACAGACAUGGACAUCACAGCUACAGAGAGGUCCCCAGCAGACCCUCACAGCUACAGGCCACCAGACAGGGCCCCUACAGCUCAGCCCCACCCAGCCCAACAACAUCACAGUCCUGGAGCUAGAGAGGGCCCCUUCUCACACCAGGGUCCUCUUCAUGGACCGGCCCCAGCUCAACAGCACUGCUGGCAUGACAUCACAGCUACAGACUACAGACAGACAGACAUGACAUCACAGCUACAGGCCACAGACAGACAGACAUGACAUCACAGCUACAGGCCACAGACAGACAGACAGACAUCACAGCUACAGACAGACAGACAGACAUCACAGCUUCAGGCCACAGACAGACAGACAUCACAGCUACAGGCCACAGACAGACAGACAUGACAUCACAGCUACAGACAGACAGACAGACAUCACAGCUACAGGCCACAGACAGACAGACAUGACAUCACAGCUACAGGCAGACAGACAUGACAUCACAGCUACAGACAGACAGACAUCACAGCUACAGACAGACAUGACAUCACAGCUACAGACAGACAGACAUCACAGCUACAGACAGACAGACAGACAUCACAGCUACAGACAGACAGACCUCAGAGAAUCAGUUUCUUCAUAGUUGACACACAGAGACGACAGACAGCCAAUCAAUCCCUCCGAAUAAGUCUCUGUCCAACCAUCUGCAGCAUGAGCUAAUACACUCCCAUUGUCUAUCAAUCAAUGUAGGAGUAGCAUUUCCUGUAUCAAUUCACUUCAAUCAAUGUAUGAGUAGCAUUUCCUGUAUCAAUUCACUUCAAUGUAGGAGUAGCAUUUCCUGUAUCAAUUCACUUCAAUGUAUGAGUAGCAUUUCCUGUAUCAAUUCACUUCAAUCAAUGUAGGAGUAGCAUUUCCUGUAUCAAUUCACUUCAGCACUCGUUUCUACGGACUUCCGUCUAUAACAAAUGAAUCCUCUGAGCCAGACUUUCAGUUUCUGUUCCUCGGUCUCUGCUACAUCUGUUUAAAGGCAACUUCAGGUUUGGUUUUCUGUGUUGAGCUCACGCAGGUAUGAGUAAAUAGAUGACAGUAUUAUGGUAAUCAUUGUUUUGACAUGAUUUAAAUACAUGAGUUGCUGUGCUUCUGUCAGAUACUGUCGGUGUUUUGGCACGUUACUAUUUCAUAAAAACACUGUGUACAUGAAUAAAGAGUUUCAUCAUCACACGUA